GCCGGGCUGCCCUUACACGGCGAACAAUCGAUGCUCGUCGCAACCUUUUCCCUUCCUUAUCCCGUUUAUAUACUACGGCGACUUCCGCCCUUGCCGUUAAAGCAGUGCGAUCAUGGCGGAGCGCGUUCAGCAGCCCCCAGCUAAACGGCUCUGCUGCCGACCCGGGUACAGCACGACGUGUAGACAGGGGCAGCGAUCCGGUGGAACAGUAUGCGGUUCGGGUUCUGGCCAGGGGGGAUCCAGCAAAACCCAGAGCCCCGAAUCGCUCCUGGACAUUGCGGCGCGGAAAGUAGCGGAGAAGUGGCCGUUUCAACGGGUGGAGGAGCGUUUCGAGCGCAUCCCGGAGCCCGUUCAGCGGCGGAUCGUGUACUGGUCUUUCCCGAGGAGCGAACGGGAGAUCUGCAUGUAUUCCUCGUUCAACACCGGCGGCGAGGAGAGCGCGUCUAGCGGGGAAAGCGGCGACGAGACGCGGUUGCCUUUCCGACGCGGCAUCGCGUUAUUGGAGAGCGGAUGCGUGGACAACGUAUUACAAGUCGGUUUUCAUCUCAGCGGUACAGUAACGGAACCGGCCACACCGUCAGAACCCGAGAUGGUGUGCAGCGUAGCCAUCAGCUUUGACCGCUGCAAGAUAACGUCUGUAACGUGCGGCUGCGGAAACAAGGACAUCUUCUACUGCGCUCACGUGGUUGCGCUGUCGCUGUACCGCGUACGGCGGCCCGAGCAAGUCAAACUUCACCUGCCCAUCUCAGAGACUCUUUUCCAAAUGAACAGGGACCAGUUGCAAAAGUUUGUGCAGUAUCUCAUCACCGUCCACCACACGGAAGUUCUGCCCACCGCACAGAAACUGGCCGACGAGAUCCUGUCCCAGAACUCUGAGAUCAACCAAGUGCACGGGGCUCCGGACCCAACGGCAGGAGCCAGCGUGGACGAUGAGAACUGCUGGCAUUUGGAUGAAGAGCAGGUCCAGGAACAGGUGAAGCUCUUCUUGUCUCAGGGCGGAUACCACGGCUCGGGCAAACAGCUCAAUCUCCUGUUCUCAAAGGUACGGGAGAUGCUGAAGAUGCGGGACUCUAACGGCGCUCGUAUGUUAACGCUCAUCACGGAGCAGUUCAUGGCCGACCCGCGGCUGGCGUUGUGGCGACAGCAGGGAACCACCAUGACGGACAAAUACCGUCAGCUCUGGGAUGAGUUAGGUGCCUUGUGGAUGUGCAUCGUGCUAAACCCCCACUGUAAGCUCGAACAGAAGGCCGCUUGGCUCCGACAGCUGAAGAAGUGGAACAGUGUGGACGUGUGCCCCUUGGAGGACGGUAACCACGGCAACGAGCUGCCCAAUUUAACCAAUGCCUUGCCUCAGGGUGCGCACGGCAACCAAGAUUUGGGUGCCAGGCCCCACCGGACGGUUUUCACGCGAGCCAUCGAGGCGUGUGAUCUCCACUGGCAAGACAGCCACUUGCAGCACAUUAUCAACGACGACCUCUACACCAACUACUGUUACCAUGACAACACUGAAAAUUCGCUCUUUGACUCUCGCGGCUGGCCUCUGUGGCACGAACACGUCCCCACGGCCUGCGCAAGGGUGGAUGCACUGAGAUCUCACGGUUACCCACGGGAGGCGCUGCGAUUGGCCAUCGCCAUCGUCAACACCCUGCGGAGACAGCAGCAGAAACAGCUGGAGCUCUUUCGAAACCACAAGAAAGACUUGCUUCAUAAAGGAGUGACGUCCAUCACUAAUUUGGAAGGGUGGGUCGGUCACCCUCUGGACCCGAUCGGGACUCUCUUCAGCACGCUGAUGGAAACCGGCCGCGGGGAUGAAGACGGACCGCAUGGAGGGUUCCUGGACUUCUCGGCCGGCUCCAUGAGCUCCAGCAAACACAGUGAGCUCCACUUGUUUCCGUCCACGCGCCGCUUUCUGGAAGAGGGAGAGUCGUAUUUGGCCCUGGCGGUGGAGACUGCGCUGAUGGGAUUGGGUCAGCAGAGGAUCAUGCCCGACGGACUGUACGCCCAGGAGAAGGUGUGUCGCAACGAGGAGCACCUGAUCGCCAAGCUGCAAGAGGUGGACUUGGACGACACCCUGGUCAAGAUCUUCCGCAAGCAAGCUGUCUUCCUGUUAGAGGGUGGGCCGUACAGCGGUCUCGGGGAGCUCAUCUACAGAGAGAGCGUUCCCAUGCACACAUUCGCCAAGUAUCUCUUCACAUGCCUCCUACCUCACGAUGCCGAACUGGCGUACAAAAUUGCACUGAGAGCAAUGCGGUUACCAGUGUUGGAAUCCACAUCUCCUUCUGGCGACAUGUCUCGCCCUCACCACAUAGUGUCAGUCGUCCCCAAUCGCUACCCGAGAUGGUUCACCCUCAGCCACAUCGAGUCUCAGCAGUGCGAGCUGGCCUCCACCAUGCUCACUGCCGCCAAAGGUGAUGCAAGAAGGUUAGAGACAGUAUUAGAGUCCAUACAGAAGAACAUUCAUUCGUCCUCUCAUAUCUUCAAACUGGCGCAGGAUGCCUUUAAGAUAGCAACGCUCAUGGACAGUUUACCGGACAUCACUCUGCUGAAGGUCUCUCUGGAGCUGGGUCUUCAGGUAAUGCGGAUGACUCUGUCGACGUUAAACUGGCGACGGCGCGAGAUGGUCCGAUGGUUAGUCACGUGUGCCACAGAAGUCGGGGUCUACGCCCUGGACAGCAUCAUGCAGAGCUGGUUCACGCUUUUCACGCCCACAGAGGCCACCAGCAUCGUUGCCACCACCGUCAUGUCCAACAGCACCAUCGUACGGCUCCACCUGGACUGCCACCAGCAGGAGAACCUGGCCAGCAGCGCACGGACGUUAGCCCUGCAGUGCGCCAUGAAGGACCCUCAGAACUGCGCGCUGUCGGCCCUCACACUCUGUGAGAAGGACCACAUCGCCUUCGAGACGGCCUACCAGAUCGUGCUGGACGCCGCCACCACGGGCAUGAGCUACACGCAGCUCUUCACCAUCGCGCGGUACAUGGAGCACCGCGGGUACCCCAUGCGGGCGUACAAACUUGCGACGCUCGCCAUGGCCCACUUGAACCUGAGCUACAACCAGGACACACACCCGGCCAUCAACGACGUGCUGUGGGCGUGCGCGCUAAGCCACUCGUUGGGUAAAAACGAGCUGGCCGCCAUCAUCCCCUUAGUUGUGAAGAGCGUCAAGUGCGCCACCGUGCUGUCGGACAUUUUGCGGCGCUGCACGCUGACCACGCCCGGCAUGGUGGCGCUGCACAGUCGCAGGAACUCCGGGAAGUUGAUGUCAUUAGACAAGGCCCCGCUAAGACAGCUCUUGGACGCCACGAUCGGGGCCUACAUCAACACGACGCACUCGCGGCUGACACACAUCAGCCCGCGGCACUACAGCGAGUUCAUCGAAUUCCUCAGCAAAGCCAGAGAGACUUUUCUCAUGGCGCACGACGGACACAUUCAGUUCACGCAAUUCAUAGACAACCUGAAACAGAUAUACAAAGGCAAAAAGAAACUCAUGAUGCUGGUCCGAGAGAGGUUCGGCUAGCAUUUGACAUGGUGUCUCAGUUCAAAGCGAAGAGAAAGACGUGGAAACAAUGCGACAACUGAAACAAUUCGAACCACCGCACCGGUAUUAUGUGUAUAGACUUCACGCAAAAAAAAUCAUGAAAAAAUGAAAAAAAUGGAACGUUGUCAUGUCUGUGGAAGUUUGUGUGUGUGUCCCUUUUAUUUGAAUGAGAGCGUGCGAAAGAGUGGAACGGUCGUUUUGGUUUACACACUGAGUAUAUGUUGUCCAGUGGCGAAGGUCCACACAGCACUCCAAUUCUCUCGGUUAAACAUUCACAGCCUCAAAGUGAAGAAAUAUGGCUUUAAACCAAACAACACCUCCAUCCUAAGUGACGAGUACCUCAUAUGGCUUCAGCUUUACUCCUCUCUGAACCAGUGUACUAAAACAAGUGUUAGAAAACCAUGGCAAAAAGUUAGGGACUCUUCUCCCGUUCCUUUGAGUUUUCAGUUUAGCAGGCUAAUCGCGCAGCUUUGCAGUGCUGUUUCGUCCGAAAGCAUGUCACACACACACACACACAUACGCUUCAAACCCAUUGCUUGAGCUUGUGGAAACUUAGCGACUGUCGACAAACAUUCUCAGGGAUUUCUAUUUGAAAACGAGAAAAAAAAAAAAACGGAAAAAGACACAAAAUGGUCAUGAACACAAGAGUGAGAGCAUUUUAUUGUACUGUAUAUAUGAUAGUAUAUGUCUGAAUAUUGAAAAAAUGUAUACGUUAACUAAUUUAUAAAAAGAAUAUUCUAUGUAAUGCAAAAUACUUGAAGCUGCAGUACCUUGGUUUUCAAACGAAACAUAUCAGAGGGACUAAACGCGGGCCUCGGGCUCUGUUCGGAAUCUGCGCCGCUUACUGCGCAGUAUAUACUGUCGACUUUUUCCUUCAUGUUUCUUCUUUGUUUUAUUGAACAGUAGGCAUUACAUCACCGGAGACAUUUCAGACAUUUUUGUCACAUGACCCCAUGCUGUCAUCUUUGAAAAAUACGCUAUUGUAUUUGAAAAAAUGUUACGUUACGAAAAAUAGCUAAUACGCUAUUUUUCAAAUCCAAUUUAAAAUCACAGUCAUUCUAUGCAUUCAGAUGAUGUGUACAGUAUACGCACUAUAGUACAGUAGCGUGCCAUUCCGAACACAGCCAGCGCUGUCGGGGCUGGAAUCGGGCAGUGAAUCUGUGUGCUGGGUAUCUAUGCAGCGCCACCUACUGCGCUCGAUCGGGACAGUCUGCCAAAUUCAGAGCAGACCCGAACGGACGGGACGGCGGUGGUUCGGACGGACGCCCAGCGAAGCAGCGAGCCUUAGCAUUAAGAAUUGGGAAUGCAAGAAACGCGGGCCAACGUGCCUCAAAAACGCCUAGAAAUGUAAACUCAACAGUAUGGAUGUUGACGCAGACACGCAGAGCGAUUGGCCUGGCGAUGCUCUUGUUUCUUUCCACAAUAAUCGAGAGUCACCACGACGCUUCAUUUUUAUGCACAAUAACAUGUACAUGCCUAUCUGCUGACAUCUUAACUUUGUGCAGGACAGAAAGUUGCUGUGCAGGUCUGACUGUUCAAACGUUUUUUAAUCCCUUUUUCCUUGUUGUUUUAUUUUUGCGUUUCUUUCGAGUCGUUCCCGUAGGGUUUCGAAACGAAAACGGCCUUCUUUCUUGCCUUGUCUUAACGCUUUAAAAUAACCAAACUGGAGUUCUAACUACCAAACUUGUUCAUUAAAAUGAAAGCCAACCGACUUGGGUUACAACUUCACUGUCUUUAAUUUUAGCUGAAUGCUUCUGUGCUUUAAAAAGCAGGUUUCCUACGUUUUUGUUUUGUUUUGGUGCAGAAACGUUGAUGAGUGUCCCCUUCUUAUAGAGGUAUGUCUGUAGCUCUUUUUCUUUUCGUUCGUUUAGGAACUGAAAUAUAAUUUUCUCCUUUUUAUUUAUUAUGAAAGGUUCAACGAUUGUACUUCACCCGUGUCAACAUGCUCAUGAAGUUGAAUUUAAGAUUUGAUACACCGAUAUCAAUUUAUUUAUGUAACUAAAUCACUGUUUUAUAAACUUGUUAAUGAUUCAACAUUUUUGUUUUAAUUAAAAUUAGUUUUUUGAGAGGAAGAAACUCAUUGCGUUGUUUGUGCGCACAACACGAUGCCUCGUACAUUUGACUACAUUUGCAAUAAAUGUUCUUUUUUUAAGAUGUUCACAUCAACAUUGCUUCACAUUACUUCAAUGUAAAAACUUGCGCACCACAAACAUGAUUAUGAUACAUGAUUUUCAUGUUAAUUCAACCGUUUCACAAUGUACUUUUUUCAAAGUUACAUUUAUUUUUAUAUUUUAGUUAAUGAUUGUAGUGCAUCAAGUUGAACUUAUUUCACUUUCUUGCUAAGGCAAUCUUUUAAUGUUAUUUAGGCAGAUAUUUUAAUUGAUUUCAGUUCAGAGGAAUGUUUCAACAUGUCUUUGCUUUUCUUAAUUAUAAAAACCCUGGUUUACAAUAUAUUGAGCAAAAAGAACUUACUUUAGUUACUACACUUGCUUCUGUAAGAGCCAUUGUGAACAGAAAUGAAAAACUGAUUUAUGUAGAGUCUUAAAUCAUCAAUAUUGUUUAUUAAGUAACUCUUGAACUUCUGUUCCGAGUUAGAUUUGCUUCAGGAUUUACACUUUGGUCAAUUUCACAUGGCAGUUCCACAAAGACUUCCCCCACCUUUGUCUAAACAGGAGGUAGAUAUGCUGACGGCAGUGGAAGAUUGACACAAGUUAUUCCUUCACACUUGGAGUAUAAAGAUAAGGUUGAACACAAUUAUAAAACACAACAGACCCUCAAACACUCGAGGAUAAACUUACAGCUGUUGCCAUGGUUUUGAACCAUCAAGAUGUGAAUUGAGGAGGUUUGGAAUACAUCACAUAUUGCCCUAAAAGCUUGAUCAUUUUAAUUUGUCGUUUUAUUUAUUUUUUGCCAUUUCAGUUUAAUUUUAUUUCAGUUUAAGUUUAGUUUUGGUUUCAAUUCAAAGUUCUAGAAUCUAGAGCGUAAUUUCUAAUAUUCAUUAAGUUAAACGUCUUUAAAUAUAAUUUAAGGAGAUUUUUUUAUUUCAACAGAAAUUUUCUACGUUUCUGCUCAUGGUCCUUUCCCCUAUCUCUCGUCCCAUAACUUAAUAUAAAAGGGCCAAAAAACCCUCUUGCUGUCUGUGUUGGUUGUAAUAGGCAUAACGUAAACAUCCGUAAAGUACACACAUAUAUUUCCAUACAUAUUUACAAAUUGUAAUGAUUUAAAAACUGAAUAAUGUAGAGUGAACACCAUACAAACGUCACCGUGUCUUUCAGAGCUAGACAAUAGGAUAAAAAGGCUUAAAACCUAUUGGAAAGGAUGCGGAGAUUCUCAUGAGUGUUUCAGUGUUGUUCUGGUGUCUCUUUAUCAGCAGUAAUGGGCAGAUGGGAUAAAGACCCGUGUUGACCAACACUCAUCUCUCUCUCUGUUUCUGAGAGCACAGAUGUACAGUCAGCCAGACCAUCAGACCCUUUGGAAGAACAAACUGUGUCGGGUUCUGCCAUAAUUCCCAUGAUGCACUUUCGGGCCUGUGAAUGUUCCUGCCAAAGCUGAGCUCAACAGGAGGCCGGGGGUUUCAGCGGUGGUUUCCAAGUUUUCGAGUGAAGACGGUGACAAAUUCAAACUUUGUGACUAUCAGGCCUGACACGACACGCAGUUGACCAAAGACACCGGAUACGGCCCUGUCAAAAGUAAUGGCAAAGAGACAAGUAAUUGCUCACACACAGGCUUGAAUGUUUGCCGAAGAUAAAGGUUCUUUGUUAAACUAUUGCAUGAAAGGUCACGUAUAGUGGAAAAGGUUUGACGGACUUUGAAAAGGUAAUAAAAGAGAUCUUUUGAAAAUCUAUAACUAAAGCCUUUGCUGCUUAAAGUUUUUCACUUAAUAUUCUUGAUUUUGUAACUUCAAAAUGCUAAUGAGGAUGGAAAUGAUUUACUCAUAAACCUUUCUCGCCUGAUGUCCUAUUAAUAAAAUGACAUUUUUCUCAA